GAUGACCGAAAAUGGUCGGUUGUUUGUCAGGUGAGCGCGCGUCUCACCUUGUCCUCGGUAAGAAAUCACACCUUUCGAUUCCAUCCUUCUGGUGGCAGUAACUCUGGCUUGCACCGGUGCUAGGUCGAACAUGAGGGCUACCCACCGUAACAACACAUGUAUCCUGUCCGUUUUCGUAUUUUUCUUGUGUUCUACGUUUACUCGAGCAGACGGGAAAAUGGCCAACAUUCCUACCAAUCCCUCUGCUUCUUCACAAUCACAACUCGGUGGGAGAUGUCGCCGAAAUCACCAUAGUAUUAGUCAGGAAAGCCAGCAGGAGCCGCUUCACACGUUGCUAACAGAAGCACAGAAGGCCGACCAGAACUUGCAAUAUAUGUUAAGUUUGUUUAAGAGCGCGGCCGACCCGGAUGGGAGGCCUAAACAGCAUCGCCUGUUCGGGUCGAAUACAGCGCGUCUGCUGCGACCCAACACCACUCAGGUGUGGUCUCUGACAGCGUCUUCGGUCCUGCACUACACCUACACAGUGACGUACGACCUCCAGUCCCUCUCCCUGGAACAGCUAGUGAGAGCCUCCUUUGUCCACCUCCGUCCCUCUAAUACAUCCAGGAUGCCCCACCCCUCCCCACUCCGCUGCAGGGCCAGAGUCACCUCUCUGGGGCAUGAUAGCUGGACAAGCCCCCCUGGAGGUCUGGGGCGCCUAGUCACCCUGGAGCCGCAUCAGCAGUGGACAGAAACUGACAUCACAGAGCACCUCACCACACAGGUGGUAACGCUGACCCAGGGAAGGCCAAAGCAGGGCAGUCGCCUGACCCUCAUGGCCCAGUAUUGGUGCUUGGAUCCUGGACGUUGGAGGAGCGAGGCCUUGGGCGGCCUGUGGAGGAUCCGAGGGGGACACAGGAGGGGGAGGAGGGCGGCCUCCGCAAAUCACCUCAACGCCCCCGCUCUCCUCCUCUUCCUCAAUGAAGAGGAAGAAACCAGAGAGUGGAGGGCGGCGACCCGAACUGGGGGGUCCAGUUUGGGGGGUCUGACUCCGGAGCCUCACCACCUCUCCGCUCCCAGACUACGUCGCUCCAACCGCCCUAAUCCCCCAGGUAGCAUCGUCUCCGACAUCCCCAACUACCGAAAACACAAGAAACCCUCGCCCAAGAACCAGUGCAAACUCCACUCCUACCGGGUCACCUUUGCCUCGUUAGGCCUUGUCAAAUACCUCGCCCCACACCAGUACAACCCUGGCUACUGUAAAGGAGACUGCCCCAGAAUCCUCCACUACGGCCUCAACCCGUCCAGCCAUGCCAUCAUGCAGAACCUGAUUAAAGGGAAGGGGAUGGACGAGGUGCCAUCGCUGUCCUGCGUGCCGUAUAAGUACAAGCCCAUCAGCGUGCUGAUGCUGCUGGAUGACAACAAGACAGUGGAUUAUAAGGAGAUCCCUGACAUGAUAGCUGAGUCCUGCACCUGUCGGUAGUUAGAGAAAUGGGGAGUGGGAGGACGUUAGGAGCAUGGACCCACCCCCCCCCUUACACACUUGCUGGUAGGUAGGAAUGUGGACCCCCCCUCCCUUACACACUUGCGUGGACCCCCCUCCCUUACACACUUGCUGCUAGUUAAAGACAUUUGGGUGGGGAGGGGAGGUAGUCAGGGGGUGGCCGGUAGAGACUGGGGCUUAGUUUACCCUCCCUUUCACUAAGCUGUCCCUCCCAACCCUGAGUUUGCUAGAUCUGUCUCCCUCCCUCCUCACACUCACCACUGGCUUCAGCUGCCCCAUAUCACACUGAACCUUUUUGAAGGAGAGGAGGGAAAAGACAGAGGAAGAGAGUAGAGGGAGGGGUAGUUUGGAGGGGGUUCCACAAAAAAUAAAAUAGCUUGUUGCCUUCUUUAACAUGCUCUGUGUACAGGUUUCUGUUAGAAUCACUGGACCAGUAAAUGAAUCAUAUGGGACUGAAGGCACUUCACUUUGGACCUUCUGGAGGGCAGAGAGAACAACUUAAGACUCCAGGUCACACCACCCUAAAGCUCUGUGGGUAGUGAAGUCUAAUGUGCCCGUGGUCAUGUGAUGAUGAUGAAAUGAUGUGCUGUAGGAAUAUGUUGAUGGGUGUACAGGAAGGGUCAAUUCUGGCGUUCUGCUUAAACUAACUGGUGUUUGUUUUGUUUUUUUCUGGUCUCUUUCUUUUUAAAAUCUUGUUAUCAAUGCUUGAUAUCUGGACACAGGAAGUGAGUGAUGGAACACACAACGUGAUUGGCCAGAGACUAAGCUUCGUAAGAUAUGUACAUAUUUGGAUCCACACACUUUGUGUUGUUGGCAUGUUGGGCCCCUCUAACAGUUUGGGUGUCUGCCCUAAAAUUAAAUACAAAUAAUAAAAAAAAGCAUUUUAAAAUAAAAAAAUGGUCGCCGGCCUUUUUCAGUGAGCCUUUAUAUUGAGCUAUUAAGGACUCGAUGGAGUCUUGCUAGACUUGAAGUGUUUUCCAAAUGGCACCCAUGUCGUGCACUACUUUUGACCAGGACCAAUAGGGUAGUAGUGCACUACGUAAGGAAUAGGGUGCUAUUUGGGAUGUAACCUUGGGAGUUUGCUGCUUCUUUACAAAACCACAGAUUUUUCUAGUAUUUCUGGGCCGAGGGUGUGGCCUUCCCAAACGGAAAAGGGCGGGAGAGAGGAUGAGAACAGUAUCACUGUCAAUAGCGUAUCUCAGGAAAGAAAUACGAAAUGGGGAAAGUGCAAUGUGUCUGAGUAUUUUUCAGUGUCUUAUGAAUGUUUAGGUAAAAGUCUCGCA